GUUGUUUAUUUCCACCGUCAGCUGUAGUGCGACCAAUUUGGCAUGCCUUCUAACGGAGCGAGUUCUCAGUUCCGCGAUCAUGUUGGCCUCUUCCUCCUUCAUUUACUAGAAGAAGACCCAAGAAUCCUCUCGUUAUGCUCCGUUUCAGAUCUGGCGUCGAUUUAUUCGCAAGAAAUGAAAUGCGAUCUCGAUGAGACACUUCGCCGUGACUUCAUUCGCACUUUCUGUUCCAUUGUAUGUGAUCUGAUGAACUGUCAGGAUAUUUCUAGGAAUCGCCGUUCUUCAAGGGAUUCCAAAUGCGGCUCACAUUCGGCUGUAAACCGUUCUAACACUAAGCUACUCGAGAAGACUUUGGUUCCACAGACAACGAUUUCGGACACGGCGCGGCGUAUUUUGGUGAUGUCCCGAGACACCAUGUUGACGUUGACCAAUGUUGACACUGCGAGUCAUGACGCCAACAGACAGCCGACCAACGCAACUUCUUCGCCCUCGAAUCCUAUGGAGUCAUCAGGAUCAACUGCUCGCGAACCCUGCAAAACACCUUUACGACAGGAAGAGUCAACCUAUCAAUUGAAACCAAAUUGUUUGAAAUCCCCCAUGUCCUGUCAACCGGCUUCGUCACCUUGUGGAAACUCGUUUCAACCGCCGGUUGCGUUUCCGGUACAAGACAACAUCGCACAUCCAAGACCGGUGGUUCUCUCCGUCCAAUUACCAGGUCUCCGUUAUCCCCUUCAUCUUCCUGAUUCCUCAGGGAAACUUGGUGCUGUUAGUUCCGGCGUCCUCAGCAGCUCUACGUCUUCCACUACUGUCCGGUGCCUUUCCACACUUCCUCCUCCGGAGAUAUCAACCACGCAAACGACUCCGAUUCGGCAACCCAGCGACUCCCCACCCUAUAUUACCGUGAAACGGAAACUGAGCGAGGUGGUUGUUUCGAUUCGUCCGGCACAGAGCCGUCUCAUGGAGGAAAUAUGAACGCAGUCACUUGGCACUCCUGUCGAUUGAUCUUCCCUCUCCUCAGUUCCCCCGUCUUGCAACACAUUUGGGUUCCACACGCUUCCGCCUCAUGUGUUUGCCUUCGGUCCUUUCCUGCCUUUGGCGAUACAGUCCCCCAUUGCGCCACACGGAUUUGAGAAACGCCGUUGUUUGCCCACUGCUUUUCGUUCUCUGCACACACGGAUGCUUACGGAUUUCAUUCCCCCAUCCACCAUUUGUGAACUGAAUUCCAACCGGAUUUCACACCCACGAUAUCUCUUUCGUUCACGGCAUUUAUACCAUUGUGUGACUUUCUUUGACUUCAUCCCUCGUCCAAAACUGCUUGUCUGGUCCAGCUUAGAUUGUCACUCCAUGUGGUCUUACUGUGUUGAGCGGAUUUCCCAAAUCGCACAAGGUUUUUGGCACGUUUGAUAUUUGUAGAUUAAAGUAUUUAUCUGUUGA